AUGACCACAACCAUGGAGAUUGAGCCCGGAUACGUGGGCAACCUUGACUCCACACAGGAGCAGAAACUCCAGCAGUUCUGGAGGAUUCUGAUACAAUCCUGGGACCCGGCGAUUCCUCCGUUGGAUCCAGCCCACAGAUCAUCAAUCUCCUCAAAUGCUACGAGCAAAGGACAUCGGCGCUUCUUCUCUCUUAGUCGGUCACCAGCCCAGCCAACGGAGGAAGAACUUGCUGCGAUUCCGGCUAAUCUACUAUCAACCCUCAAAAGCCUGGAUGCUGGGCCAAGCGAGUUAAAGGUAGUCGGAUCUCUCCUGAUUAAACUUCCUGGGGACAAGCUGCAAUCUGCCUUUUUGACUCUCCUGAAACAAGACCACCCUGACGCACUCCUUUUGCGCUUCCUCCGUGCGGAGAAAUGGAAUGUCCCCAAAGCGUGGAUCAAAUUUGUGUCGUCCUUGAAUUGGCGAGUCAAUGAAUACAAGGUCGACGAAGAAGUCUUGCUCAAAGGAGAAGAGCACAACCUUCAAAAGUCGCGGCUGGAGGGCAACUCUGCCGACAGAAAGGACGGCGAGGGUUAUGUGCUUCAACUCAAAUCUGGAAAGGGGUACCUGCAUGGUUGCGACAAAUGGGGCCGUCCUAUUUGUGUCGUUCGAGUCCGAAUUCAUGACCCGAGUCAACAAACGCAAAAGGGCUUGUUUGAUUAUAUCAUUCACUGCAUCGAGUCAGUGCGCUAUUUGCAAGUGCCACCCGUUGAAUCAAUGGCUAUUGUGUUCGACCUUACAUCUUUCAGCCUUUCCAAUUGGGACUUCCCUCCCGUCAAAUUCAUUAUCGAUAACUUCCAAGAGAACUAUCCCGAGUCAUUAGGGGCCCUGAUUUUCUACAAUGCUCCCUGGAUAUUUUCGGGAUUCUGGAAGAUUAUCCAUGGAAUUCUCGACCCGGUAGUCGCAUCAAAGGUGCACUUCAUCAACGGUGCGAAAGACCUGGAAAAACUAGUUCCAAAAUCACAAAUCUUGAAGGAAAUUGGCGGCGAGGAAGAUUGGGACUACGAGUACAUCGAGCCCUUGCUGCAAGAAAACGACAGACUGAAGGAUACUGCCACAAGGGAUCUCAUCCUCGGCGAGCGGAAGCGCCUUGGAGACGAACUUUUCCGUGUCACCGUCAAUUGGAUUUCCCAGACCGAUGUCGAGUCUUCACUGGUCCGCCGUGACGAGGUGAUCAAAAGUCUAAAUGCGAACUAUUGGAAGCUUGAUCCCUACGUGCGGGCUCGUAGCAUUCUUGAUCGUACCGGGGUUAUCAAAGAAGGGGGCAGAAUUGAUUUUUAUCCUACUGAAGUCUCGAACAAAGUCGAUGAGAAGUUAAGUGUGGUGACUGAGCAUAUUGAUGAGGCAAAGCUAGCUGCAGUGUCUGCUUGA